AGGUUUAUUCGCUCUAUUCAAGUUUAACGCCUUAUUUAUUUAUUUAUUUAUUUAUCAAAAGCCCAACAAAUACCACCUUUUCUUCUUCUUCACCCACUCUAAGCCUUUCCAACCCUCCCCCACACACAAGAGCUUAUACCCCUGCAACGAUGCCGAGCCACGAUCACAACAAGCAGAAUGUCGUCCACGUGUCCUACCAGCAGGGCGCGAGUGUGCUGACGAACCGCUACCUGAACCGCGGUACCGCCUUCACGAUGGAGCAGCGCAAGGAGCUGCGCAUCCUCGGUGCCCUCCCGCCCACGGUGGAGACCCUUGAGGAGCAGGUCGAGCGGGCGUGGGCGCAGCUGUGCCGCUACGACAAGCCGAUCAACCGCUACCAGCACCUCGCCAACAUCCACGCCACCAACACGACGCUCUACUACGCCAUCGUGCUCGCCCACGUGGAGGCGGUGCUGCCGAUCAUCUACACGCCGACCGUCGGCGAGGCGUGCCAGAACUUCAGCAACUACUACGUGCGGGAGCGUGGCCUCUACCUGAACAAGCUCCUCAAGGGGCACUUCAAUGAAGUGAUGAAGCAGUCCCUGUACGACAACGUCGACAUCAUCGUCAUCACCGACGGCUCUCGCAUUCUCGGCCUGGGUGAUCUCGGCUCCAACGGCAUUGGCAUCAGCAUCGGCAAGUGCGCCCUGUACGUUGCUGGUGCCGGUCUUCACCCGGCGCGUGUGCUGCCCAUCGUCAUGGACGCCGGCACGAACACGGAGCGCUACCUGGCCGACAAGGAGUACCUCGGGAUGCGGGAGAGGCGUCUGGAUGACGAGCAGUUCUAUGGGCUGAUGGACGAGUUCAUGGAGUCGGUGAAGACCACCUGGCCCUCCGCCGUGAUCCAGUUCGAGGACUUCAGCAACAACCACUGCUUCGACAUCCUCGAGCGCUACCAGAACAAGUACCGCUGCUUCAACGACGACAUCCAGGGCACCGGCGCCGUCAUUGCGGCCGGCUUCCUCAACGCCAUCAAGCGCUCUGGACUGCCCCCGCUGGAGCAGCGCAUCGUCGUCUUCGGCGCCGGCUCGGCUGCCGUCGGUGUCGCGAAGAAUAUCGCCCAGCUCGCCGCUCGCCUGUACAACGUGCCGGUGGAUGCAGUCCUCAAGACCUUCUACCUCGUCGACACGAAGGGCCUCGUGUGCGACAACCGUGGUGAUAAGCUGGCGGCGCACAAGGUGCUGCUGUCCCGCAAGGAGGUCUCGGCCGCGGAUGCGCAGCAUCUGACCACGCUCGAGGCCGUCGUUCAGUUUGUGAAGCCGACCGCCCUGCUUGGCCUCGGCGGUGUCGGCCCGGUCUUCACAGAGGAAAUCGUGAAGAGUGUCGCGGCCAACGCCGCCCGGCCGAUCAUCUUCCCGCUGUCGAACCCGACGAGCAAGUCGGAGUGCACGCCGGAGGAUGCGUACAAGUGGACCAACGGCGCGGUCCUCGUCGCGUCGGGCAGCCCCUUCCCCGCCUCCAUCGUCAACGGCAAGACGAUGAAGCCGUCGCAGGGCAACAACCUCUACGUCUUCCCGGGCAUCGGUCUCGGCUGCGCCAUUGCCCAGCCGACGUACAUCCCGGACGAUCUGCUCGUGGCCGCCUCCGCCUGUCUGAACGCCCUUACAACGCCGGAGCAGAUGGAGGCCGAUCAGCUCUACCCCCCGCUCGACGACAUCCACAACAUCUCCGCCCACAUCGCGACGGAGGUGAUUCUCGAGUCGCAGCGGCUUGGCAUCGCCACGAACACGGACCUACCGCGUGAGAAGGCGGAGCUCCUCAAGCUGGUGAAGAAGUCACAGUGGGUGCCGCAUUACCCCGCGGAUGUGCACGUGAAGCUCGCGUGA